AUGCUGCUCGCCCGGCGAAUAACCACCAAUCGCCUCACCACCGCCGCCACCCGCCGCCUUUCCACCACCACCACCCUCCGCAAGAACCCCCGCCCCAGCAUGCUAACCGGCUUCCCCACCGCGGCCCCCGCGGCCCCCAGCAAGCCCCUCCGCUACGCCGACGUCGCCGUCACCCCCACAGCCCCAGAAUUCACCGGCGUCUACCGCGGCAAGCAGCAGCACCCACCGGACUUCCACCCCUCGGUUCUCGACCGCGCCGCCGCCGCGGGAGUCCAAAAGGUCAUGCUGACGGGCAUGCACCUGGCCGACGUCGUGCCCAACCUGGCGCUGUGCGCGGCAAGGCCCGAGCAGUGUAGUCUGACGAUCGGCGUGCAUCCGUAUCAUGCUGCUGAGCCGUGGGCUGAGGCCGAGGCCGAACGAGGGGAAGCAGGGGGGGAAGAGUGGGAAUCCAACGCGUACCUCGCGCAGCUAGCCUCGCACGUGCGCGAUGCCUUAGCUAUCACGCCGCACAGCCCGCUCUCCGCGUUUGGCGAGCUGGGGCUGGACUGGGACAAGACCGCGCACGUCUCGAAGGACGUGCAACUCCGCACCUUCCGCGCACAGCUAGAGAUGUUCGUGCGGGAGGGCUGGGACCUGCCGCUCUUCCUGCACUGCCGCGCCGCCUUCGCCGACUUCGUGCGCGAGAUCACGCCGUACCUCUCCCGCCUCCCCCGCCGCGGCCUCGUGCACAGCUUCGUCGGCAGCCGCGCCGAAAUGGAGGCGUUGGUGGGCAUGGGGUUUGAUAUCAGCGUGAACGGGUUCAGCUUCGCGACAAGGGAGAGCCUGGAGAUGGUGGCGACGGUGCCGUUGGAGCGGCUGCAGAUCGAGACGGAUGCGCCGUGGGGCGAGAUUAAGGCGGGCGCGGAGGUGACGAAGAGGUAUUGUGGGAACGCGCCGCCGCUGCCGCUGGCGAAGAAGAAGGAUAAGUGGGAUGCGGCGUGUAUGGUUAAGGAAAGGAAUGAAAGUUGUGCGAUUUCGAGGGUGGCGUUUGUGGUGGCGGGGUUGAAGGGGAUUGCGGUGGAGGAGGUGGCCGAGGCGGCGUGGAGGAAUAGCGUCGAGAUGUUUGGGUUGGAGAGGGGAGAGUAG